GUGGGCGGACUGAACAACAAUAAUAAUUAUUGACCUGAUUUUUGCGGGAUCCCCGGGGUCCCGCCAAAUGAUUCAGUUGUUUAACAGAUUGCCAAAGCUCACAGCUGUAUCUCCUGACAUUGUCUUCUUCGUCGCCCCUUGUGGGCGGCCCAUUGUCAUUGUGGUUUAUAGGUUAGACGAUUUGACAGGUCGCAUCUGUUGGGGGUAAAAUGUGGGGUCACCCUUACCUCUUCCGAGAUGUCUGGCCAGUGUAGAAGAGUGGGAUAAAGUACCCGCUUCGAGGAACUUUCGGGAGCUGCUGUUUUGGGUGGAGUUCCUUUUGGCGACAGGAGGGGCACGAUGCAGACGUUGGAGGGCUGCAACUUUGACCAUUAAUCUAGAAUUUAAGCUUUUACGAUUGCCGUUUUCUGGAGCCAUGCCACACUCCGUUUGGUCACGUGUUUGUAUCCAAAACACUUGCCGGCAAAGCUUUCUGCCAAAAAUGAGAUGUAAAAAGAAGAAGAAGAAAAAACGCACCGAGCUGCGUCUAGCAAUUGAAUUGCAUUGUUGAGGUUAAUUGGAUUUAAAACAAGGUUUACUUUUAAAAAUAUUUCCACACAAGUGCUGAACAAAAAUGGCAAUGAAGAAGGGGGGGAAAAAAAACCCCAAAUGAACCUGGCCGUUCAGAACCUGUCAUGGCAUUGUGCGCUUCAUUUCACACUCACAAACACAUCCUAUGCUGAGCGUACAAGAACAUGAGCACACGCGCAUUGAUGUUGUAAUUAUUAUUUUAAAAUAAACGAAAUCCAAAUAAGGCAUCGUGACGCAGUGCACUUAAGAGCCAUGUGUGUUCUCAUUAGCUGCCGACGCCGAGCUUAGCGUAUUUAGGAUUAAUAUUCUUGGUUCUUUCGGUAAAGUCACGCAGAAGGGACUUUACCGAAAGAACCAAGAAUAUGAAUUCCUUGCAGUCACGAAAGCUUUAAAUAAAUAAAAAGUAUUUAGGAUUGUUCCCAUUCAGUUAAUCAACCACAACUCAAGGCGAUCUGUUACUGAGAGUAGCAGGUAAAAUGUUCCAAGCUGGCCUGGAUGGCUGCCUCGAUUCUUUAGUCUAUGUUUCGAUCCCAUAAUUACCUUUUGCUCACGCGAGAAUGUGGCUGCCUCCGCGGCUUAACGCGGUAUAUCUAAAAGAAAUAUUUCGAUUUUUCUUUAAACAAAACAGCGAAUGAUUUGAAUACAAUAGUUGGCUUGCUACAAAUGCUGACAUAUCCUAACUAUUUUUAAUUGAUAACACUGAUAUAUUGACAAUUGAAAUUAUAAUAUUUUCUCUACUCUAUUUUUUUGCAAUAACAUACUGCCUGUUGAGCACCGGGUUAACGCACAAGCUAGUCAGCGUGAAUAAAUAUAGGCUGCCCCUUAUCUUUCCUUUAAAUUAAUCUCUUGAUCAUGGCCUUUGCAUGCUUCUGCACAAAUCACAUAUGCGUCCAGUAAAUGGACAAACCCGUGUCUCUUUCCUUCAGUCCACCGUUGGGGCUCUCCAGGAGUAUUUCUCCCCACUUUUCUCGAGGUGGGGUUUACAACUUGAUUAGAGCAAUAACAAAAAAAACAACAAAUAUCUGCCUCUAUUUUUCAUCCUUGGGUUUGUAUUUUUCUCUUGAUCGAUUCUCCAUUUUGAUCUCUUCUCACUCUCCACCAGCCCCGUUCACUCCCUUACUUAGUGGCGCCGUGGUGGUGAGAUGUUAACUACCUCGCCUGGUAUACGGGGGAGGGUUGUGGGUUACGAUCUCGACCCUUAUGCCUGUUGUAACGUUUGGAGUUUGCACGUUCUCCCUUUGGUCGCGUUAAUUUUUGUCCGGGUUCUCCAGUUGUUACCUCCACAUUUAGAAUCAACACGCGUUUUAGAGUAUUUGGCCGCUAUAAAUUUCCACGUGAUAAGCCACCUUGUUCAGCUAUCAUUUGUGGCCAUGUCACUUCUGGAAAAGAGGUGUAUAGCUGUGGGCCUUACCUGAUGAAAUUUGAAUAGUUUUAGUUUAUUCUCUCACCUUUUAUUUACCUCUGCUCUUGACCUCACCAUGGCCACUCAUGUCACACUAUUGUUUCACUCGCCCCACCCACCUCUUUCUCUCGCCCUCUGGUUAUGAUGUACUCUGCGAAUGUUCAUUAGGUGCAGCUCACUUCUCGCGAAUGGGUAUGAACGGCAAAGAUUACACACCACUUUUCAGUACAACCGUCAAACUGUAGCCAUUCCAUUUCCACAGCUUUGUAUUCAUGAAACUAGUGAUGUACCAAAAGUGCAGUCGUUCUGGCUUUGAGCAUGACAGAAGGGCAGUGUUAAAACAGCUGUUGCCAUGUGCACGCUUCACAGAAAUAUACGCCUUUCUUUGUUUCCCACUGAUGUCACAGGGUCAUGUUCCAGGCUAAAUGUGCCUGUACGGGCAGUUGUUCUAUAGAAGAUCAGCUUACAGCUGUAUCCUUAAUAAUUCCGUAUUCUCUGUUAUAUGUCACUUCGAAAAGUAAGAUGCCAACUACAUGUUUCUUUAAAGUAGUGUGUGUCAUCUGGAGAAUAUGGUAAAAGUUAUUUUUUUGUUAUUAAUCUUCAAGUCCAUUUACUGCCAAUUUCCGUUAAAAAUUCCACGCACUGUUCGGUUGUUUUACGUGAAGAUUUGAGCUAUGCUUGCGCCCCUACAGCCUGGCCUUGUCGAAUAUCAUAAGUCAAGCAGGGUGGCCCUCAUCAGUACAUGGAUAUGUAUUAUGAAAACUAAGAAUAGGUUUUACCCCAUUCAGGAAGUAAAACAGGUGUUAAGAUGUUCAAAUGCCAAAUGGAUACCUUUUGCAAGGAAUCAAGUCUGCAUUAAUCACACGUGCUUGUGGUGAACAUGCAAACAAACAUGCUCUGAUAAUAUAUGGGAAUUGUCUUUGAAACUGAUUGGCCUACACCAGAGACAGCCUUCGUUAUGGCCUAAUCUCACCAGUGUCAGACUAGAGAACAACGGCAAAAGGCGAGCAGUACAAAGAGAAUGCCACACGUAUCAGAUCAUUUAUAGCUCGGGGUGAGCAGCUAUCAUGGGGCCUUUUUGCCAGUAUCAAAGUAUGAAAAAUAGGCAUAGGGUUUACCCUUUCUGGCAAUAAAACAAGAGGCGUUAAGAUGUUCAAACACCAAAUCGAUAGGAAUUUUUGGGGCAGGAAAAUAAUGUUAAGUAUUCGGAGUGUACUGUACGGUGUCACCACAUCCUCCUUCGUCCUAGCCGAACAAACGUCCCAUCUACCGAUGCAUGGCAUGGACAUAAAUCGCAAUGGCAAAUGUGAGCAAAAAAAAGUGGGCGGUGUAUUAAUGUAGCUGCCGGCGUUAUUGUGUAAGAAACCUCUUGAGGCAACAGUUCAUUGAGAGAGAAACCUGGUGUGAUAGACCCGUGGAUUUAGUGAACCAUUUCAGCGUAUGUAUGUGUGUUGAACUUCUUUCGCGCUUUAGUAUAUAGCCUACCGUGCUAAUCGGAGGUGCAGCGUUGAGUCUGGGUAGUGUUAGUCUAUGGGCAGUACGUACGUGUACUGUCUGAACUUUUGUUCACACCAUACGUAGCCAACCGUGCUUAUUGGCUCAUAGAAUAUACGUGAUUUAUAAUACUAGAUCUUCCUUUACCGUGCUCUUCUGCUUUUGUGCCCUACGUAUGUGCGGCAUUCUCUUUCUGGCGUGAAGCUGGGAUCUACCUGACUUGGGUUGGAUUCCUGUCAUUGCACAAAAAGUACCAAUUGGAAUCUGAGCCUUGCCUCUUGCCCGCCUCCCUUAGGUAAACGGAGCAUAAAAUAAAGACUUGAUGCAGUGAAAUAAGACCUUAGCACGGAUGGACAUCAGAACUAGAGAGAUAACAUUUGAUGGUCGUGAUGUUGGUCUUAAUCCACGUUGUGUACCAUUAUGGCCAAGCUGCUCGUGCAGAGCACUUGUCCUGACACUUGGUUCAACUAAACAAAGAAAAUGUGUCUAACUGGAUGUUGACUGUAACUUAUUUAUGCAUUUUCUUGUCUCACUAUUGCGUUUUGGGAAUUAUGUAUUGUGCUUUGGGGAUGUGUAUCCGGACUCUUUAUUUUUCUAUGGUGGAGGUUAAAACAACCGGAAAUGAAUGAAUGAAUGAACGAAUCCCUGCUCAUCAAUAAUCCUUUGCACUUUCAAAGUAUUUUCUUGCAGUCUGUUGUUUUUUUUUCCUUCUUCCCCCACCCAUCCGAUAAAACAAGUAAGAGGAAUCCAAGCCAACCAGGUGAAAAAAAAAUUAGUUGCACUUCAAAUCAUAAUUGCACAAUGCAGACUUCUGUUUUGUUUUUUUUCAUUUCAGGUACUUGGAGACGUACGAAAAGGUCCACCACUUUGGGGAGGAAGAUGAUGAAUUCCAGGGAAGCUCGCGACCGCAAACUCCUGUGGGCGGCAUCUCCUACACAUACAAUUACCAGCAGCACAAUGUGCCCGACCACAUGAGGCAAGGGAACGGGCUAUCGACGGAGCUGCUGCCGGCGAGCGAGUACCGCAAGCUGGCACUCUCGCUCCUCUCGGGCCUGCCCAACGAGGUGGACUUUGCGGUGAACGUGUGCACCCUGCUGUCGCACGAGGGCCGGCGCGCCAUGCACCUGGAUCGAGACCCCCGCCUCGUGGCGCUGCUGCUUGCGCAUGCCGGCGUCUUCGACGACAGUCCAGGGAGCUUGUUCAAUGUCUAUGACUCGGAAUGGAGGGCAAAGUCUGGACGGGACUUCAUUAAGUUCUGGAAGCAGUCGAUCGAUGACUUGGAGGUGCGAGAACUCAUCUGCGACAAAAAUAAAGGCCGCACGGAGCAGCGUCCGUGGGGCGAGUGGCUGCUGAGCACGGGCCGCAGUGCAGGCGUGGACGACCCCGAGUGCCAGCGCGUGCUGCAGAUCUCCGUGAUCCUGCGCAACCUCUCGUUCCUCGAGUCCAACGCCAAACUCAUGGCGUCGCACCGCGCCUGCCUCCGCUUCCUCAUCAUGUGCGCGCACUGCAAGUUCUCCAGCCUGCGGCAGAUGGGGCUGGACACGCUGGGGAACAUCGCCUCUGAGUUGCAACUGGAUCCCAUUGACUUCAGGAGUACCCAACUUAUCUUCCAUACCAUCACCAAGUGUCUCACCUCAACUGACAAAUUCCAGAGGAUACGAGGCAUGGAGAUUUUGGGCAGCCUCUGCAUGGCAGAGGAGAACGGCGAAGUGGUUGGCGAGUGCGUGGAGGUGGAGGCCUACUGCGAGAUGGUGCAGCUGCUGGUGCUGCCGGACGUUCUGCUCGUACUGGGCACUCUGGAGGUGCUGUACCAGCUGUCGGAGAUCGGGGAAGGCCCCUGCAGCAAGAUCGCGCGCGUGCACCGCAGCGUCGAGUGCCUGGUGAGCUUGGCGACGCUGGACGUGCAGACCAUGGGCACGGAGUGCCUGUCGGUCGUCAAGAUCGUGGAGCACCACACCCCAGCGCCGCACGUGCCGGCGGACAGCCGCAGCACCAGCGGCGCCUCCGCCGCCGCUACUGGCGGCGACGCGCACCUCGCCCCCGCAGGCGGUGCCUCCAGGGGUUCAUUGUCCACGUCUGCUCUGGGGACAACCGAGGUGGACGGAGAGACCUUUGCGUGUCAAUGGAUGAAUUCUCACUUCGAGGCGUCGUCGGACUCGUCCAUCUCGAGGACGGACAUGUACUCGGAGUACCUGUCGACGUGCAGCAAACUGGCUCGCAGCAGCAUCCUCACCUCCACUGCCUUCAGCAAGGGCCUCAAGACAAUCUUCCCGGGCUUGAGCUACAAGCGAAUCGAAGACCCCCUCAACCCGGGCCACGUGCAGUACCACAUUGUCGGGGUGCGACGGCGCCCGUCGCCGCUGCCCGCCCACGCGGCGUUCGCCCCGCACCGCCCGGGGACGCCGAAUCGCGCCGGCGGCCUCAACCCUGGCGACGCCACGGCAGCGCCCGCCGCCCUGCCCUGCCCAGGAUCCACUCCUGGCGGCACCGCGCCAUCACCCGUCAUCGGGCUCCAGGGCCCAAUGGUGACGCUGCAGAGACCGCCCCAGGUGCUGCCCACCCACCAGUCACCGUGCCCGCCAGUCAUCUACACCACGUCCACCAUCCCACCGCCGGCCCUGCCCCUGCAGCCACCGCCGCCGUACCAGCCUACCGCUGGCAGAACGACCGGCCAGCCUGCGAUGUCUCACUCGUUCCCAGCCUACCAAACGGUCGUGGUGUCGUCCUGCUCUGCCGCCAGCAAGCCGGGCAUGGGUGUCAUCAUGACGCAAGCGAGGCUGCCGGCGUCUUCGACGAUCACGGGCACCGCGCAGCAAGGCGGCGUCGUCGUCCAUGCCAACGCUCAACCGGGGCAGCAGCAGCAGCAGCAGCAGCAGCCGGGCGUGCUCCACUUCUCACAGGCGGGGCAGGUUAUAACGAGCCAAGGCACCGUGCAGAGCACGUACGCCGUGGUGUCGUCGACGCAGUUCGUGCACGUGACGCAAUCGUCGGGCUUCCCCGUGCUGAACAGCUCCGCCUCGCCGGCGACGGUGGUGGUGACGACGCCGGGCGUGCAGCCGGCUGGCGCGUUGGUGACGACGCAGGUCCAGCCUGGCGCCACUCCAGCUGGCAGCCCGGUUGUCGUCGGCGGUGGCGGGUGCAGUGCUGGCGCCAUUCCCGUCGGCCAGCCGAUGCUGCAGAUGACCCAGCCGCCGUCCGCCAUCACCGCAUGCCACAUCCCGGUGAUACAGUCGGCAGCGCAGCCGAGCGGCGCUGUGGCUAACCACGUUCAGGUGCCGCAAACGAUGGACGUCUCCGUGCAGAACUCUGUUGCGCGGUUCCAAGUCGUCUCGCAGCAUCAGCAACAGCAGCCGCUCAACCAGCAGCAGCAGCAGCAGCAUUUGGCUCUUUAUCAAGGUCAGGUUCAUCACGUGACGAGCUCCGCGGGCCAUGUCGCCUUUCUUCACCAGGCCCUGCCGACACAAGGGGGCAGCACCGUAGCGGCAGCAGUCGGCCCUGUGGCCGUAGCAACGGCCGCGACUUCGCAACAGGAGCCCGUGAUGCUCAGCGCCGCGCCCCACCAGCAACAGCACCACGCGCUCGCGUCGGCACCGACGGUCAUCCAGAGUCCAACGAGACACACCUUCCAAAACAUCGCGCCGAAGCCAGCCACUGGCACUCCCACGCCUGCACCCAGCCUGCAGAGCCCGCAGCAGGUGCACGUUAUUGUUGGGCAGCAGGGCGGCACGUGCGUGGCACCGGGCGGCCCCCAGCACGUCCCUGCUGUGCAUCAGAUAGUGCUCGCUGGGCAGCCACACCAGCGGCAACUCGCCCCAACUCCGCACGGCAGCGGUGGCGGCAUUGGCAGCAUGGCGGGAGUACAGCCGCAGACGUCCGCUUGUGUGACCCCGCAGGUGGUCGGAAUACCUUCCGGUGUCCCCACGCUAAACCAGAUGCUCACGAUACGUUGCCAGCACCAGCAACAGCAGCAGCAGCAGCAGCAGCAGCCAAUUCAGCCGGCGGUCAGCGGAGCAGUGGCCCAGCAGCAGGCGACCCCGAUGCAGGACUCCACAUCGCCGUUGGUGAAGCAGCUGCUCUUGCCGCGGAGAAAUGCCGUGACGCCCACCGGCAAGAUGAUCCUGACGGUCCCGCAGACGGCGCAAACCUUGCCGAGGCCAGCAAGCCCACAGGUGGUCUACCAGGUGACAUCUGGACCGGGCGCGGGUGGCCUUGUCACGGCGCAGGGUGGACAGCUGCAGCAGUUUGUGGUCGGGCAGGCAGGGCCAGCAUCAGGGCAGCACUUGGUGGUGGGCCAAGCAGGUGGGCAGCAGAUAAUAGUUGGGCAGGCAGCAUGCCCACACGCACCUCAGAUCGUAGUCGGGCCAGCAGCAAGCGGACAGCAGAUCGUGAUGAGUGGACAGCCGCAGGUUGUUGGCAGCGGGCAGCCCACAUUACCGGGUACACCGCAGCAGCAGCAGCAGCAGCAACAACAACAGCAGCUUCUGGUGGGACCAACGACGAAUCACGGGCUCCCCACGCAGCAGAUUGUGAUGGGACAACCGGCAUCGCAUCUACCAGGAGCGCAGGCUCAUCCGUUCUUGGUUGGCCAGAGUUCAUUCCAGGUAAUACAUCACACGUCGCAGAGCGGCAUACAGACGCUUCCCAUCUCCCACAUGCAGUUGGUGCCGGGCCCUAUCAUCAGCAGUGGGGCCAGCCAAGUAGCCAUCACCAUGAUGCCAAGCACAGGCUUUGCAGCGAGCAGCGCGGGAAAUUCGUCCGUGAUCAGUGCGACUCCGGCAACGCACAACCAUGGGAUGCCCAUGCCCGCGUUGAACAACAUCAGCUCGCCGCUCACGGGGGGGGGCAGCUCGCUCUGGCUAAACCAGACCAACCUGGCAGCUGACGCCGUCCUGUCGCUACCACCGCCCGCAGGGGCGGCGGUGGUAGCGCCAGAACUCAAGGCGGAAGCGCUCGGCACACCAAUGGGGUGCGACGAUUCCAAGAACAGCCCCACUCGGCCGCCUGACAGCCCGAGCCGGCCGGCAGCUAAUGGUGAGGCGUCUGCUACGAAUUUCUCAGCCCUUCCCAACGGCAGGAAUAACAAAGUGGAACUACCUCUCAGCCCGCCGUGCCCAGGCAACAUGACGUGCGAACAGCAGCAGCAGCAGCAGCAGCAGAUCAACCCCGUGAACCUCAAUUCCACCGGCAUCCUGGACAGCACUCAGGAUCUCAAAAGCGAACUCUUGAAGCAGCAGCAGCGCCCGCUGGUGAACGGCGACUCCGACAUGACCAAGGGAGAGGAGACGCACAUACCCAACAGCAUCCACAAUCACAAGGCCACGCCGGUGCAGAACCACAUGGGCAAUGGUGAGCUGUCGGACGAGAGGGACUCGAAACCGCAGUGUCUGCCCUCGACGAACGGACCCACGUCCGCGCUGUGUUCGGGCUGCGACGCGCCGUCCCCGACAGCGCCCCCCGCCGUGUCGCACAACGGCACGGCGCCCGGCUCGCCCAAGCCCCAGGCGCCGCAUGGCAGUGCCAGGUCCGAGCAGUGUCCGGCCGCCCCCCCCACGGCGACGGCAACGCCUGCGCCGACGACGAACCCCUCGCCCACUCCCAUGUUGACCACGACAGUGUCUCAUGAUGCACAGACGGCGGCGUCGCCGGCGGCGGUGCAGGCGGUAGCGCCGAAGGACGGUGACUGUAAGCGACCGCCACUCAAGAGGCCGCACGAUGGCUCGGAUGCCCUGCUUGCCACGGCCGUGCCGAACAAGGUCGGCGUGCGGAUAGUGUCGGCCGGCGAGUCGCUAACCAGGACUGCGGCGUGCGCCCCAGCUGAAAUGGUGCAGCAGCAGCAGCAGCAGCAGCAGGCAACACAGCAAGUGAUGCAGAUACCCCCUGCUGCGGUCCCGGCAACCCCCCCUACGCCACCACCGGCACCACCGUCCCUUGAGCUGACACGCAAGCCCAACCAGCACUUCAUGUGCCUGUGGAAGGGGUGCAGACGGUGGUUCGAGACGAACGGCCACGUGUUCCGGCACGCGGUGAGCGAACACGGCCGGGCGGGCGUGUACCCGGGCCGCUGUCUCUGGGAGGCGUGCGAGGCCCAUGAUCGCCAGCGUUUGUCUUUCAUCACUCACCUCCAGGAUAAGCACUGUACGAAAGAAGCCUUGCAGGCAGGGCUACAAAAACUGGAAGAAAAAAUACAGUCCGAAAAGCAACAGCAGCAGCAGCAGCCUUCCAGCCACGCUCCCUCAAACCCCCCCGCGGCAGCAUCGACGGCAGCGUCGGCGCGACCGCCGGCAACGCCGCCGCUGGCUGGCACUGCCCCGGGGUUUGCCGCGCACGGCCGCCCGGUGAAAACCCUGGCGGGACACCCGGGUGCCGCCAUGCUCGCUCUGCGCCGGGGUUCGCGCUCGCUCACCUUCCGCGACUUCACGGAUGACAAGGAAGGACCCAUCACAAAGAGUAUCAGGAUAACGGCUUGUCUCGUGCUCCGCAAUAUUGCCAGGCACUCAGAGUCCGGGAGGAGGCUGGUGCGUCGGCACGAGGCUCACCUCUCCACGAUGGCGCUGAGCGGCAUGGAGGGCUCGAGCACGCUCGCCAAGUGUCUGUACGAACUCGCGCAGCACCCGCCGUCGCCGCAGAGGCGGCACGCGCGCCUUCCCGCGGACGACGGCCAGAGACUCUAGCGCCCUCGGACGGACGGUUUGGUACGUGCGCGUCUCGCGUACGUGCGCGUCUCUCUAACUGCAGCGGACAAUCACGGCGGCGGCGGCGGCGGCGGCGGCGGCGGUGGUGGUGGUGGUGGUGGUGUGGUGGUGGUGGUGUGGUGUGGGGUGAACUCUCCCGGAAAGGAGGUGAACUCGCAAAAAUGGUCCUGGCACGCGCACGUGAGAGAGAGAGAGAGACGCCGCCGCAGCGUGAAGUUGCGAUAGUGUCCCGUUGCGCACCUCCCCACCACCGCCCCCCCCGCCCCCCAAACUCCCCCACCACCUCAUCCCUCCCCGCCCACCCCCCUCCCAUUGCUUCCCUUCUUCCCAGCUGCUCCGACGUCUCAUCCGGCCUCUGCAAAGAAGAAAAAAGUAUCUAUUUUUUGAAAAUCUUGGACAUUACCUGGAGAAUCGCUCGUCCGCCGUACGUUUCCUCAAUUCUGUGUGGAAUAUCUUCUUCGUCUUGUGCGGUGGGGCGUGGGAAGAAAAAUACGUUUUAAAGUAGAGAGACCGGUAGCAGCGGUGGCAGUCAUUUUAAAAUAUUGAUCCUUAGAUAGUAUAGAUUUGUGUUUUUUCCCGAGUAGAUAUAUUCCACUUUAGGAUUCUAGAGAGAGAGACACACACACACACACUGGGAAUACUUUUUUUUUUUCAGAAAGUGAGGAUUUUUAAAAUAAAACAAAAACAGUGGUUGUUUACUAUAAUAUAAGGGUAAAUUUAUUCGAUACAAUGGCAUUACAUAUUUUAAUAUACAAAGGGUAGAUGCCUUUUCCCUACUUUUAAACCAAGAUAUUACAAUACAUUUGAACCCGCAUUGGUUAGGGCCUUUGAGUUUAUUUUAAAAUGGUUGAAAUAUUGAGGAUUGGUGACGUCUCUCGGUCAGUUCAUUUGAUAGAAAGUUACAGCUUCUUAAAGUUCAGUCAACUUUUGUUUUCAUCAGUAUAUACAAGAGACUAUUGUAAAUUAUUGUGGCUACUUUGUUGAAUUUAUUGUGUAAAUUAAAAAGACACCUGCAUUAAAAUUACGGAAUGAACGUUUCCAACUGAAUGCGAGCGGUCAUUCAAGCGGUAUAACUUGAUGCAAAAUACCUUUGCAAAAAAAAAAAUAAACGUGUAGAUGCUUUAUUUUUUAUUUUGUGUUUUUGUGCCCACUUGCUUUUGCGGUAGAGUUUAACGGUAGCCGGUGCGCUUCCGCACGCUGACAAACUCGAACGCUCGGCAACUUGGAACCACGCGCCAUGAUUUGAGAGGUGUACCACGUCUAUUGGGUAUUCACAGGCGCGCGGGGCGUGCUUGCUAGAGUUUCACAGUUACGUUUUUUUUUUCAUAUCUCAGAAGAGGACUUGGCGACGUACGAUAUAUUUGUACCCAUUUUUGUGCGUGCGUGCGUGCGUGCGCAAAGUCGCAAACAAUCCCGGUGCUAACUGUAAACCUGCUGCAAACUUUGCACAAGACGUUUCGGUUCAAGACUCCUCCGCGCGUUAUGUUCCCUCUUCCUUUGGUCGCAACGGUGGGGGGCGGGGGGCGGGGGUUGGGGGGGGUGGGGGCGGAAGUUGGGCAACAGCGCUCCCAACAGCGCUCCCCGCAGCGCUUCCCGUCCCGUCGCGUACAAUGGCCCACAGCGUCCAGCGAGGGGCCAGCGACGAGGAGCAAGCAGCCUAGAACGGAGAAUUAAAUCGGCGGCCGCUGCACGCUUUAUUGACCCGUUGCCGUCUCUGAGGCUCCGGACAUUUGAGCCGGAUCUCCUUCUACUUUACUCCUUUCAAUCCUCCCCUCCUCCACUCCCCGACCGCCCCUGCCAUUUCUUAGCCGUUAAAAUCCAUGGCCUUUCCCCGUCUCUACGCUGCCGCUCCCCCCACCCCACCACCCCCCCCCCCCCCCCCCCCCCACAGCAGCAGGAUGUCCUAAGGCAAAUUGAGCUGGCCACCUACUGCUCCAUUAGUAUUGGAAAAACAUUGCAGAGUUUGAUUUUGGGUUCGUGUUUGAGAACAAACGUUGCGAAGCAUGGGGGAGAGAGUUAAAGCCCCCCUCGACGGAAUGUCCUGGAUGCUGUCGUUUGUGCUCGUUGAGCACCGUUGCAGCGCCCUGAACGUUAUUGCAUUUUGCUUACUUCUAAGUGUGAAUAGUUUUUUUUGUUUGGGUUGUGGUAAACUGUUGUUCAUUAUGUGAGUAUUUAUAAAGAGCUCAAUUGGAAAGUGCAUCUUUGGACAGACUCGGUUGCAAAAGCGUUUUUUUCCCACUGUGCACCACAAUAUUGAAUGAUAACCAAUUCUUACCAAAGCAUUUUUUAUUGGCUUAACUUUCCAGGUUUUAAAAUUUCACAUCUUUUUUUCAUGAAAUGCCCUUUGGAUAUUUUCAAAUUAGAAUUUUACAAAUUAAGUGAGAAAGGCGAGUGCAGAUUCAUCGAUUGGGGGUGGGGGGGGGAGAUUCACACUGGAGAGAGUGUAUCUCGAAUUUGAAGGGUUUAAAAAAGUGAGUGCUGUUCUUGGUUGAAUUAACACCAAGAAAGUACGCGUGUGUGAGCAUCAAUUGCCACAAGCUAUGGAUCGCCGCUACGGUGAAACGUGGACUGGUAAUAUCCUUAUUUUGGUGCCCUAUAAAAUUAACUUGUGGUUUUAUUUUUUUCCCCACCCCUACCCCCCGCCCACCCCACCCCUGUUCCUCCCCGCUGACUUAAAACGAUGACGCAACCGCCGGUAAUGAAGUCGCUGUUUAAAGUUGGAAAACACACAUGCGCACGUGUGUGUGGGAGCCUGGCAUACCGUAUUACUGGUGAAGACGAUCAAGGCGCGGGAAUAAGGCCGUGCGCUCAGAACACGUGCCCUAAGGUGGUCACCACACACGUGUGCUGUCCAUCGAUUUGGCGAGAUUUACACAACAAAAAAAACUUGAACUUCUGUACUGAAAUUCAGCACAGGGGGCCCAUAGUGGACGAGGGGGACGGGGGGGGGGUGGGGCGAGGACCGGGGUGGGGGCAGCGAUUGGAGCAGUCAGGAGGUGGGCAUGGAGAAAAAGCCAGGCGACCACCAACCUGCCGUGCGUGCCACGGAAAACAAUGCCUUGCGAAAUGAAGUUCUUUUAAAGGCGCGAAGAAGAUAUGAUGGGGAGGUGUGUGUGUGUGGGGGGGGGGGGGGGUUAAAGGAGAAAAUAUAAAACACAAACACUCAGCGAAUUCACAAGUUGGAAAGUAUGCGUUUUUGUUCAUUUGUUUUUCGCAGUUGUGUGUGUUUUUUUUAAAGUUCACGCAACGCCAAGACUGUUAGAGCAAGAAGCAUCGAUUAGAGAUGGGGGAGCCGGUAGAGGGGAAAGAGGAUUUUUCCCCCCGAGUGAGUUUGGUUUUCGGUGACAUUUUGUCUUCACACCAGCAUAAACUAACCUGAUGUUUCAGCAAGAAAACAGAACGAUGUAUAGUGUAAACAAUUAUGGACCACUCUUCACGCUUAAACACUUGGACCAGAGCUCUCGGACUCCUGACAGCUUUCUGCAUUAGACCCACGCUUAAAAAUAAUAACGUUAAAAAGAUAGAUAUGUAUGCAUAUAUCCAAUCUCUUGCGUUGUAUUGUAAAAAAAAAAUGGUCAUUUGUAAAGGUGUUAUUGCUGAAUAUUUUUUACACAUUGGUCCAGGGACAGGUCAAGUAAAAAGAUGCUUGUACGAGGGCAAGUUUUCCUGUGGGAUUAUAAUCUCCUUUUACAAUAAAUUAAAUUCCUUUGUGAAGAAAAAAACAUUUACAAAAAAAGUUAAAUGUAAGUAAAAUAGAAAGAAAAAAAUCAAUUGUCAUGUAACUGAAACACGUGAGAAUGGUUUAGCUUUCGUUUUGGGGGGUUUUAUUGUUUGUGUCGGUUGAUAUUGAUGUACAUAUGUGAAUAGUGUGCAUUGUGCACUACCCAUUUAAAAGGGGUAGUUUAUACUCUUAAACACCAGUGGCAGCCGAAAGGUCUUCAUUUUGUGUGCAUGAACGCAAAGUGAAAUGGCUGAGAAUUUACACAAAUCGCUCGGCGUUUCUUUUUUGAAUUAUAACUUUUUUUUUUACAACAAUAAAGUUCAUGAAUAAUAAAAUAAACGUUUAAAUGGUAAAAUUAUUUAAUGCAAUCUUAUUUCUCCGUUUUUCACGGUACGGAUGUAACAUUUGUUUAAACAAAAAAAAUUGAGAAAAAUGUGACCAGUUGUGACUAUGUAUGUGUACCGUAUACUCACAACCUGAUUGUAAUGUUCGUCCGGUAACGGAGCGUUUCUCAAAAUUUGGAAUUUUCUGUCGUCCCCCACCCCUCUACCGUUAAGCAGCUGGUCGCCUGUCAGCGCACCAACCAGUGGACGUUUUUAAUCCCAAACGCAAACCUGAUGUUUAGUACAAAUAUCUACUUGUAUAGGAGGUUAAUUUUUGUAUGUAAAAAUUGGUUUAAUACAUACAUUUUAUACAGGAAUUUCUUCUUUGUAUUAUAUUUGUAUUUCUGUGCCAGUGUGAAAUGUUCCAUACUCGUGUUUCUGUUUUUCCCCCUCUCUCUUUUUUUUUUACUUAAAACGUCCUCGUUUAAAAUUGUCUGCGUGCGCUUCCGCUGUGUACAUGCGGUGCCCCCAAAAUAAUCCUUCAAAUGUGUAACUUAAUUUGCUACCCCCGCACCCCGUUUCCCAUUUAAAAUAGCGGCGAAAAAAAAGUGAAUGAGACGUGUGUGUCCUCCUCCUCCUACCGCCCCCCCCCUCUCCCCAUCAACAGUUUUAACCGCUGUGAACCUGCCAAGAAUAGCAUUUUUUUCUGCUUUGUUGAGUUUGUGAAUAAAAAGUCUGCGCAAAUUA